AGCAUUUGUGCUCAAAACUCUUUAAGUUUUGGGGGGAGACCCCACGGAAGAUCACAGGUGCAGAUAUCGUCAGAUGGUCCACUUCGAUUUCGAGCAGCGCGGUGGCCGCUUGAAACUCCUCCAGAGUGAGGAGGGUGGUGACACCAUGCCCUUCCGGCAAUGCCUGCCAGAAGAGAUAAGGGAGGCUAUGCUGAAGUUGAAAGAAAAGUUGAAGAUCGUCAAAGAAGCACGCCGGCAAGAACAGUCCCAAAGGCAACAGAACUGGACGAUGGUGGAAGAAUUCCUGAGCUCCCACCAAUUCGCUAAAGACGUGAAUGCGGUGAAGCAUUCGUACCUGGGCUUCGUGCGCACCUAUCCCUUACAUCAAGCAGCCAAAGAUGGCAACUGGCAGAUGAUGGACUUGCUCCUGAGUUUUGGUGCUGACCCAAAGCAAAAGGACAGUGCCGGGAGGUGUGCCAUUCAGUACACCGUCCGGAGAUCCGGCUCUGGCGGAUUCGUACCAUGAGGGGGCAACCGUUGCGCCAAGUUAUGGUGGCCCAAAUUGGGGUUCAAAAAAGACCGUUGUGGAACACCGAUGGGUGUGAAAAUAGUUGUGCCA